GGCUGCCUUGUUGGUACGGUACUACGAAUCACGGUUAUUUUCAAGAUUAUACUAUAAUUCAGGUGUUUCAGAUUGUGCCAAAUUUAUACUAUCAGCGAGCGCAGAGCCAAGCCAAUCUCGCACUCGCACUCCCACCAGCAAAAUGAUGCGGCACAUAGAAAUACUCCUACUCUACUUCCCUCAUCUGGCAGCAAAGUGGGACUUGCGGCUUCUCGCCAUCUCCUUUCUUUCCCUUGGACGCCACAUACUACUACUAUCUUUCAUCCAGCAGCAUGAGGCCGAAUCCCUUUCAUCUGCAGGUAGGUACUCCCGGACAUUCAUACAAUUCUGUGUUUCGAUUUGUCACAGCUAGGGAUGCCAACAACCUUCCUUCCAUGUGUCGUCCAAUGAGUUGGGUCACACAACGCUAAAACGUCGCCGUUCUAGCAACUUUUUGAAUAUAAAUAUAAGGGGGGGAGGAUCUGAUCUUGCCUGCUUCGGAUUGCCCCAACAUGCUUCGAUCGGCACUUGAGAAAUUUCCACGCACCUGUGCUGUUUUGUUUCUUCUCUUCACAUUCAUCUGAACCCAACAGACCCUUGAGCGUGCAUCUUACUCUGCUGGCUGGCCAUCUAAUUUCAGUUAGGAACAAACAGGAUGCGCUCUCGUGCAGCCUGCCUUGUCGCCAACGACUGAAACAUGCCAGCCACAACAAAACAGAUAAGCAACAGCUUGUCUAGAUGAGAUUCUUGGUCUCCCCUGCUCUCUUCAUCCCAUAUAAAUACAGGCACAGCCCCAAGCCUUCAGCACCAACACAUUGCAGCUAGCCUUCCCUACCAUUCUCUUACAUUAGCAUACACAAGGAAACAUCGCCAAACCUUCAGUCCCCAACAAUGGCUUGCCAUCUACGGUCGGCGAGCACGCCCUCCAGCCCUCGCUCCAGCAACACACAAGUCGAGCAGCAGCUCCAGAUCCUCAGCGCAACCGUCUCUUCGCCCUCGGCGACCAUCAAUACCAUGUGCCAUGGUUUGAAAAGGCUGGCAGACAUCUACAGCUGCAUCCAGAACAUGAUGUGCACACCAAGCAGCCAAGCCAGCCUUUGCCACACCCUGCAAAGGGCGGCAGUGGAGGCAGAGCUCGGACGGUCCCUCGUCGUGCUCGACCUCUGCAACGCCAUGCAGGACAGCUUCAUGGAGCUGAAGAUGACUGUCCAAGAGCUAUUGUUGGCUCUCAAGAGAGGAGGCGACGCGUCUGCUCAAGUCAAGGCAUACGCCAGGCUAGCCAAGAAAGCACAAAAGCAGUUCAAGAAAAUCAGCAAGAAGACUGCUUCCGACAAGAACGAUUCCAGGGUGGUGAUGCUACUUGCAGAAGCGAGGGAGAUCACCAUUUCGCUGCUCGAGUCCACAUCCUCGGUCUUGUCGAAGCAAAUUGAGAUGCCUAAGUGGUCUCUUGUCUCCAAAACAUCACAGAAGAGCAAAGCCCCUUGCGAAGAGGAGCAACUGCAGGCACUGGAGCACAGUAUUGGAGAUCUCGAGAGCAGAGUGGGGCUUCUGUACAGGAGAUUAAUCCAGAACAGAGUUUCUCUUCUCAACGCUCUUAGUUCGUAGAUACCCUGAGCUCUGGCUCCCUGCGGUUGGCAUCCACCUUUUAAAGGAUUAGUCAAUCAUCAUGAUUGCAAUUUUGGUAGUAUGUACACUUGUGGAAAUGUGCAGAAAGUUCAGUUAACCGAAAAGAGAAGAGAAACAAUUUUGGCAAUUUCAUAUUUUCUGGA